GGCUCGGCUCGGCUCGGCUCGGCCCCGAACGGCUCGGUCCAGCCCCUAGCACUCGGCUGGACUCGGGAGUCUCGCAUCCCGCGGGGACUACAGGUACAACCCGGCGCUGUCGGGGAGCGCGGCUCGGAACAGAUCGGCACUGGCCCGGCCUCGUCCCGGGCGCUGCGGGGCUGGAUGCGCUGAGCCGUGCCCGGCACCCGCGGAGCCUGCCUGGCCGUGUCGGGACAAGGGCAGGAUCUGCCGCCUUCCUGGGGUUGGAGAGCCAAGCUGCCAUGGGAAGCUGUGGCACGUGGACAUGGCAGGUGCUGCUGAGCAGCCUGUGGCUGUGUGUGGGCAGCUCCCAGCCUACCCCCUCAGGCCCUAUGCACAGCCCCAGACCCCAGCUGAAGUUUCGCCUGGCUGGCUACCCACGCAAGCACAACGAGGGCCGUGUUGAGGUCUUCUACGAUGAUGAGUGGGGCACCAUCUGCGAUGAUGACUUCAUGCUGGCCAACGCGCAUGUGCUGUGCCGGCAUCUCGGCUUCGUGGCUGCCACUGGCUGGGCCCACAGCGCCAAGUACGGCAAAGGCAUUGGGAGGAUCUGGCUGGACAAUGUGAAUUGUGCUGGAAGCGAGAAAAGCAUUGGGGACUGCAAACACCGGGGCUGGGGGAACAGCGACUGCAGCCAUGAGGAAGAUGCAGGUGUCAUCUGCAAGGAUGAGCGCAUCCCAGGCUUCAAGGACUCCAAUGUUAUUGAGACUGAGCAGAGCCAUGUAGAGGAGGUCCGACUGCGGCCGGUGGUGUCUGGGGCCCGGAGGCAACUGCCAGUGACUGAGGGCAUCGUGGAGGUGCGCUACAAGGAUGGCUGGGCACAGAUCUGUGAUGAGGGCUGGAACAGCCAGAACAGCCGUGUCAUCUGUGGCAUGAUGGGCUUCCCUGCUGAGAAGAAGGUCAACAGGAACUUCUACAAGCUGGCCUCCAGUCCUCAGGCUAAACAAAAACACAGGGAGGACAUAGGGUCCAAGAAGAGGCUCUUCACAGAGCGGCAGCAGCUCAACUACCGCCUGCAUUCCGUGUCCUGCUCUGGGGCAGAGGUUCACAUCUCCAUGUGCACCUUUGAAUUCUACCGGAGCAACACCUCAGCUGCCUGUGGGGCUGGCAUGCCUGCCGUAGUCAGUUGCUUGCCCGGGCCCCUCUUCACUGCCAGCAAUGGCCCCAAGAAGAAGCAGCGCCAGCAGCAGCAGGGCCAGCCGCGGAUCCGGCUGAAGGGCGGCGCAAAGGUGGGUGAGGGCCGCGUCGAGGUGCUCAAGAGCAAUGAGUGGGGCACGAUCUGCGAUGACCGCUGGAAUCUGCUGUCGGCCAGCGUGGUGUGCCGCGAGCUGGGCUUUGGCAGCGCCAAGGAGGCCCUCACUGGGGCACGCAUGGGCCAAGGGAUGGGGCCUGUCCACUUGAACGAGGUGCAGUGCCUGGGCACUGAGAAGUCCCUCUGGAACUGCCCCUUCAGGAACAUCACACAGGAGGACUGCAAGCACACAGAGGAUGCAGCUGUCCGCUGCAACAUCCCCUACAUGGGCUAUGAGAACCUGAUUCGGCUGAGCGGGGGCCGGAGCCGCUUCGAGGGGCGGGUCGAGGUGGCGGUGGGGACUGGUGACAGGGACCAGCCCCGCUGGGGUCUGGUCUGCGGCGAAGGCUGGGGUACGCUGGAGGCAAUGGUGGCCUGUCGCCAGCUGGGUCUGGGAUUCGCUAACCACGGCUUACAAAUCUGCCUGGUAGGGGGGAGGACAGCAUCUGAGGGGCGCGUGGAGGUGAAGCGGGGCAGUAAGUGGGGCACGGUGUGCAGCGAUGGCUGGACCACUAAGGAGGCAAUGGUGGCCUGUCGCCAGCUUGGCCUGGGCUACUCCCAGCAUGCAGUGAUGGAGACGUGGUACUGGGACGCCAGCAAUGUGACAGAGAUGGUGCUGAGCGGGGUGAAGUGUGCUGGCCAUGAGAUGUCCCUGAGCCACUGCCAGCACCAUGGCACCAACCUGAACUGCAGGAAAAUGGACACACGCUUCGCCGCUGGUGUCAUCUGCUCUGAGACUGCGUCCGACCUGCUGCUGCAUGCCCCGCUGGUGCAGGAGACGGCAUACAUCGAGGACCGGCCACUGCACAUGCUCUACUGUGCAGCCGAGGAGAACUGCCUUUCCAGCUCAGCCCGCCUGGCCAACUGGCCCUAUGGCCAUCGUCGUCUGCUCCGCUUCUCCUCACAGAUCCACAACAAUGGCCGCGCUGACUUCCGCCCCAAGGCUGGACGGCACUCCUGGGUCUGGCACGAGUGCCACCGGCACUACCACAGCAUGGACAUCUUUACCCACUAUGACAUCCUGACCCCCAAUGGCACCAAGGUGGCUGAGGGACACAAGGCCAGUUUCUGCCUCGAGGACACCGAGUGUGAGGAAGACGUGGCUAAGCGGUAUGAGUGUGCCAACUUUGGGGAGCAGGGCAUCACGGUGGGCUGCUGGGACCUGUAUCGGCAUGACAUCGACUGCCAGUGGAUCGACAUCACUGAUGUCAAGCCAGGCAACUACAUCCUGCAGGUCAUGAUCAACCCCAACUUCGAGGUGGCAGAGAGUGACUUCACCAACAAUGCCAUGAAAUGCAACUGCAAGUAUGAUGGACACCGCAUCUGGGUGCACAGCUGCCAUAUUGGUGAUGCGCUCAGCGAGGAGGCCAGCAGGCGGUUCGAGCAGUACCCAGGGCAGCUCAACAACCAGAUUUCAUAGGGCCCCUGCCCCUGAGGAGAUGGGCAUCUCCCCAAUUGCCCUGCACAGGUGGGAGAAAGCUGCCGGGAUGGCCAGCAGGGAGGCCUCAUGCCCGGCACUGCUGCCAUGCCCUGCUGGGAACUGCCCAGGGCUGUCACUGUCACCAGCUGCCCUUUGAGGCCCUGGGAGCUGGUGCUGGAGGCACCACAGAUGUGCACCUCCUGGCCUGGGGCCACCCCAAACAAUGGCCAGAGACUCUGCACCUGCAUCCUCUGGGCUGCAGCACACAGGUACAGCCCAGGGGGUCCUGUACCCCCACUGUGCCUCCCAGUCCCUGCUGUCCCAGCUGCACCCCACCUUCCACUAUGCCAUCCUGCCCCAGCUGUUCUCAUCCCCACGGCCCUCAGAGGGCUCUACACUCAGCCCAAGACCCACAGCCCAAGCAGGGACUUGCAGCUCUGCAUGGCCCCAGCCCAGCCCCUUAUCCCCAGAACCAUUGUGGCUGCCCUCUCCCCUGCAGCAUUGCUUCCCCCUUCCAGGCCGUGGCUCCCACACCCAUGUCUUAGUUGUAAUUUUAUUUUCUCUAUAAAGCUGUCUGUUUUAUUU